CGUGUGUGUGUGUGUGUGUGUGUGUUGUUGAAUCUGAUGAUUUACAGUCAGGCUGAAGUCACAGCGGAGCUGUCUGGUCAUGUAGUCCGUCAGUUUGAUUCCUCAGGUAUGUUAGUCACACCCUGAUUACACACACACACACACACACACACACACACACACACACACACAGGGGAAACUUUAUGAAGCUUUUCUGAACUCAUGUUCAUGUUCAGGGUGAGGCGAGGGGGCUUCAAUCAGUACAUGCCCACUGGUCCUUUGAUCAUCUACUUCCUCCACCAGUCCUACUUCACAAACAGGAUGAGGAUCCUCGCUGUCUUUGGUCAGCAGUUGGACCAAUCAGAAGCCUGCAAACAAAGAGACUUUUGAAUAUUAAUGAGGUUGUUUUCUCCUCUGUGAUUGGACGAAGCUUUAAUUAUCUUUAAUAAUCUCUGAUGAUCGUUUGUUUGUUGGCGCUCCAGCUGCUGCAGUUUGAACUUCCUGUUGGUGAUGCAGACAGGUGAGUUCUCACCUGGGCUGUUUGGUCGGUUUGUGGAGGAGGAGCAAGCAGGUCAUAUGACUUUCCUCAGGCGAACCCAAGAACAGGAAGAGCUUUCAGUGUGUGUGUGUGUGUGUGUGUGAGAUUCGACCGUCCGUCAUGUCUCAACGUUCUGCUUGUUGUUUCCCUCAGGUCUCAUCGCUGCUCAGCCGUCACUGCGUUGCCACGGCGAUGUUCCAACGCAGGAAGAAGAAGCGCAGACCGGAGAUCUCUGCGCCGCAGGACUUCCAGCACCGCGUCCACACGUCGUUCGACGACGCCACAGGACGCUACGUGGGUCUGCCGCCGCAGUGGCAGAGCGUCAUCGACACGCUGAGGAGGCCACGCCCCCUGGUGGACCCCUCCACCAUCACCGAGGUCCAACUCAGGAAGACGAUCGUUCGCGGCAGCUUCAUCGGUCACGGAGACUACAUCGCUCAGGUGAUCUCUGAGAUGAGCCGUCUCUCCGUCACCAGCUCCAACUCUCUGCGCCGCAGCAGCCCGUCGGCACGGAGACGGGCCCGGUCUCUGGGUCGGCUGGGAGAACUGGCGGAGGACGAGUCGUACCAGUACGAGGAGCUCAGUCGCAAGACGGGCGGGAGCUCCACCUACUGGCAGGACCGGAUCCAACAGGUCCAUGGCGAGAGCUGCAGUCCGAAACUGAACAGAGCCCUGCAGAGAGCCAAGUCCAUCUGUGAGGUGGGCACUCUGUCCGAGGCCACGCCCCCCACACCUGUGAGGGCGGGAGCGGCGGAUUCACCAGGUGGACAGUAUGCCAGAAGCGAGGGGGCGGGGCUAAGACAGAGGCCGACUUCCUGUCACUACAGCCCGCAGACUGUGGAGACCAACAGCAGGACUCACCUGAGAUUGAACCCAGCUGCCAAUCACCUGCCGGACCUGCUGUCCUCCUCCAGAGAGACUCCCAGAAGGCCUCACUCCACCUACGACCUCAAGCAGACCUCCUCCCCCCUCCUGCUGCCCCCCCCCAACAGCACCAGCAGUCCCCUCAUCGCAGGUCGAGGGUUACCUGAGCGCUCACUCCGCCUCUCCUCCAGCUUCAACAUGGGACCUUCCCCAAAGACGUCACCCCCCCUGAACCACGACGGAGGCCCAUCCCAGCCCCGCCCCUGCCCCACAGGCUCCUCCUCUGCCCAGCAGACGGUACCUGAGGCAGGUGUGAAGGUGACUCAUGAGCAGUUCAAGGCGGCGCUGCAGAUGGUGGUGGACCCGGGAGACCCGCGGACGAUGCUGGAGAACUUUGUGAAGAUUGGGGAGGGGUCCACGGGGGUCGUGUGCAUCGCCCGGGAGAGGCACAGCGGGCGGCAGGUGGCGGUGAAGAUGAUGGACCUGAGGAAGCAACAACGGCGAGAGCUGCUGUUCAACGAGGUGGUCAUCAUGAGGGACUACCGGCACCAGAACGUGGUGGAAAUGUUCCGCAGCGCUCUGGUAGAGGAGGAACUCUGGGUAAUCAUGGAGUACCUGCAGGGCGGCGCUCUCACACACAUCGUCAGUGAAACCAGACUGAAUGAGGAGCAGACAGCGACAGUGUGUGAAGGCGUCCUUCAGGCGUUGACCUAUCUGCACCAUCAGGGCGUGAUUCACCGUGACGUCAAGAGCGACUCCAUCCUACUGACGCUGGACGGGCGGGUCAAGCUGUCAGACUUCGGGUUCUGUGCUCAGAUCAGUAAAGACGUUCCGAAGAGGAAAUCUCUGGUUGGGACUCCGUACUGGAUGGCUCCUGAGGUCAUCGCCAAGACUCCGUAUGGGACAGAGGUGGACGUCUGGUCUCUGGGCAUCAUGGUGGUGGAGAUGGUCGAUGGAGAGCCGCCAUACUUCAGUGACACGCCCAUCAACGCCAUGAAGAAGCUGAGGGACCAAUCAGCUCCGAGCGCCAGGAACAUACACAAGGUGUCUCCAGUCUUGAAGGACUUUCUGGGCUGCAUGCUGACUCGUGACACGCUGCGGCGAUCGAGCGCCGCCGAUCUGCUGCAGCACCCAUUCAUGCUGCAGGCCGGCUCGCCGCGCUGCCUCGUCCCCCUGGUGGAGCAACACCGCAAACGCAUGUCACUGUGCUGAGACAAGACAAGACUGAGACUCACCUGAGACAAGACUGAGACUCACCUGAGACAAGACUGAGACUCACCUGAGUGAGCUCAGUUUCUUGUUUAUUGAUGAGCAGCCAAUCACAUACGAGCCUCCAGCAGGUGGUGAACUUUGACCUCCAGCUGAUGUCACCUGUGACCUCACCUGAGAAGAGGAAGUCUCAUCUACGUGUCACUUCCUGUCAGAUGACGUCCUGGUUGACCUUUGACCUUUCAGCGGGCAGACGGAGGAUUUGACAUUUCAUGUUGCUGAAAACAAAUUUUAUUACAAUAAUUAAUUAUUUACUGACUGAUGAGAUCAGAUUUCAAAAUAAAAGCCCUCUGACAGGAAACAAUGAUUCAG